AAACAAAAGGAGCGAUGGACCUUUUCCACCGAAGCUGUCCGAUAAUGUGUCGUAUCGUGUCCUUGCAUGUUUAAGUGUUUAUACACGUGAAACAGCAUCGUGGGGUGAGUUUACGUAACAGAAGACUAUACGUUGUUAAAGUAACGUAUUGCGUCCUACAGAUAACCCUUCUAUUUAUAUUUAUUUGAACAUUUAGUGUGUAAAAUUGAAGAAUUUUGAGGUUAUAUUGACAAUCUAUGAUGGUCGUGUAACAAAAGGGCUCUAAUGCAUCGGCGUUAUCGUAGAAACUUCAAUUUCUGUAUUCAAGCAAUUUCAUUGAAUUUAUACAUAAUAUAUUCGAUUCAAAAAUUUUCCUCUUAUUGGUGUAAAAGUAUAAAGAUAUAUUAAAUGUACAUUGGUAUGCAAUUUAACGCAUUUGCUCCGCCACAUUUGUUACUACGAAUUUUUAGCCACCCCUUCUACGGCCCCCUAUUUACGAUCACAUCAUACUUACGUGACAUGAUUAUUAAUAUUCUUUAACUGAUAAUUUUUUUUUCUUCUUGCUCAUUAAACUUAAUAAUGAACAAUAUAUUCUCUUUUUUAUUUUAAAGUUAUAAAAUGACAGAAGGUGGUGCAACUAGAAUGAAGCGCAAUGGCGCUCGUUUGUUUAAAAAUCCUCCUCAGCCCCAUAUGUGUAUACAAGAUUUCAUACAGGGCACUGCUGUCCCAUGUUAUGUAAAUGUUUUAUCAUGGGAAAAAAUUGCAAUGCCAUUGAAACCUUCACAGCCUGUACCAUUUUAUGGUGGAAUGAGAGUCCGACCACCACGUACAAAAACAGAAGCUGUAAUAUUUGCAGUAAUGGCUAAUCCAGAAGUUCUUCGAAUUAGUGGUAAAAACGCUCAAGAUCCAAAGAAGCGUACCAGUUUAAUAGAACUUUUACUAGAUUUUGUGGAAAGGAUGAAUGCAGGUGUAAUUUUUAUGCGACAAUAUACAAUAUUGAAAGAUCGGGAUAUUACUGGUGAAUUAAAAGAAGUUUGGAAUGCAGUACAAGCAAGACGAGAUAUGGAGCAACCUCCUCCGCAGCAAGAAACUUGGAUCGACGCGCAACCACCUGUUCCUCAGUAUCCUCAGUAUCAAGAUCAUCAACAACAAGAUUACACAUCACAACCUCCACAAUAUCAUUCAAGUAUUGCAUAUGGUAGGGUAAUGAGUAAUGAAGGUAUGCAUUAUGAAAGCUAUGGUCAUCAACCUCAAAAUCCAGUUAUUUCACAAAACGAUCAAUUAUAUCAAUCCGGGCAAUUAGUGCCACAACAGUAUCAUGGAAACGUUCCUCGGAUUACACCAAUUGCUUCUAGAGAUCGUAGAGAUAAUAUAGUACAGAAUAUUCCUCAACAAAACUGCCCUGCAUAUCCAUCCCAACAGUAUCAAUUUCAACAAUUACCUAGGCAAAUGGUACCACAAUAUGUAAAUUCAAAUGUUCAUCCUAAUGCCAGUCUUAAUUAUGGGCCAACUACAAAUUCUAAUGUUAAUCCAGCUAUGAAUACGAAUUUAGCACCACCUUUUCAACCAUAUAUAACUUAUCAACAGCGAAUUGAUAAUGCAAUGCAUAUUGAUAUGCGCAGAAUGCAACCACAACAGCAACAAAUACAUUUAAAUCAUGUACAACCUGUUCCACAAUAUGAACCAGCAACACCAUAUAAUGUUCAAACAAAUUCGUCGAUUAACGUUCUUACAAUUAGAGUAGGUAGACCACACAUGGGUGUUGCUCAGAAGAACAAUGCUAGUAAAAGACAAAUGAAUUCUCCUACUCAUUCAAAACAAUCUUCUUGUACAAAUUGCCAGAACAAAGAUAUAUCUGAUAAUGGUACGAAACCGAAAAGUCCUGUUAAAGUUUUGCAACGGGAAUUGCCAUCGAAUGAUCGACAAGAUAUAAAUAAUCAUAUACUCACUACCAAUAAUAAAAUAGGUAUCGAAAAAAAUUCUACUGAAGAAACAAAGAAUGUGCAAGUCACUGAUUUAGAUGAAGAAAUCAAAAAAACUGAUACUUCUAAUAACGAAACGCCCGAAUUACCUAGAAAACCAAAUGAUACUCAUACUUUAGACUCAACGUUAACGAAUACAGAACGAGAUGCAAUGAGUUUUAUUGACGACAACACUACUUUCGAAGAGAAACAACAAGAAGUAAAAAAUACGGAUAUUCCAAAUGGUCAAAAUUUAUCUGAUCAAAAGCAUUCAAAGUCAAAAGCGAUUGUAAUGAAAGGAAACAAACACAAGGAAAAUACGGAAAAUAACAGAACAAUUCGUAUUAGAUUUGUUUCUGAUCAGAAAAACGAUAGUCCGAAACGUUCUCAAACAGUUAAUAAUAUUAUUAAGAGCGUUUUUAAAAUUCAUCCAGGUAUGUCUGCUGAAGAAACGUCAAGUAAACGAAAAACUAAUGGCCAAGCUAAAAAUAAUUCUAAGAUUAAUGGUGAAAAUGAAGAAAUACAGCAAGGAUAUACAAUAUUAAAAAAAACAGAGUCUACUACUCAGGAAGAAAUAGCGAGCGAAUUAGCUCAAUUAUCCAUUCAAGACUGCAAAGAUGCGACCGAAGUUAGUCCCGUGCUCUCGUGAUAGCCUAGUUUGUAGCUGGUACCAAGUACUAGCUUGCAAAUAAAGAGCAGUGAAUACAAUGUAAAUAGAUAGAACAUUAAUCAAUAAAAAAAAAAGUCAGAAAAAUAAAUCUUAAAGAGGGGGACAUAAAACAAUAGAAAUGAAUACAAUCGUACCAAAAUAUCAGGACGUGCUUUUGCUGACGGCCAUUUAUUUUUUGACGAAUCCAUUCGUCUUCCUUGACAUAACUUUGACAAGACGGAUCAUAAUGAAAAGUUUUUUAAAUGAAAAAACUGCAAAACUAAAUAUUUUAAAACUAACUAAAACUGAAUAAAAAAAAAUAUCUAUUUUCUGUGAAUAUACGCAGAUAAACAAUAUAAAAAAAACUUUUAAAAGGAGAUCUUAAGAUUGCUACUAAGAAACAAGAAGAAUUUCAUUAAAUGUUAAACGAAUUGAACAAAUGUUUACAAUUUGAGUUAAAACAAUAAUAUGAAUUAUACAUUAAUAUGUUAUUUAUCCAUCAAGAUCCGUCAUACAAUUUAGCUUCCAGUAAUGUCUAUUAAUAGUCUUUGAAAGAAAAAAUUGAAUAAAUAAAAUAGUGAUACGCUAUUAUAGCAAAAUUAUAAUACAUCAUCAAUAUAUUGAAUGCAAGGAAACUCGAUUUUGGAUUUGAAUAGAUACACGUCCGGAAUGAUAAAAAAUCGAUUAUGAAGGAAGAAAACUAGUUAAUACAUCUGGUAUUUCAGUAACAUAUAAUUUAACGUAAAAUAUUAAGUCGUUCCCGUAGAUUAAAUUGAGAAAACAGUUUCACAAUGGAAUAAGAGCUGGUCAUCGCGUACUUAUCUUCCAACCAUGCAGUUAGUGAAAUUACUUUUGGAAUUAUACCGAGUGGGACAAAUCGAAUAUUUAAUACCAUAUUAUGAAUCAUAAUAAAUAGAUUUUCUAGAGUAGCUAUUAAGGAUUGAAUUCGAAUUCUUAUCUAAGCAUUAAUAUUCUGUUCUUUUUCGCUUAUUUUAUUUUUCAUAUUCGUACAUAAGAUCUUGCGCAUAGAAAAGAAUUUCAAACAUUGUAUUUUGAAAUCCAAAAAGAUAAAAAGAAAGAAAAAUUUGUUCACUCGGUAUAUUCUUUGAUAGAAUCAUUACAUUCUAAUGCAUAGUUUAUUAGUUGAAAAAUACACAGGGCUGCCAAAUCUCCGUAAAUCAUAUCAAAAUAUUUAGAGAAAUAUUACAUAAAUAAUUUAUUGAUUGACCAACUGUUUGUCAUUAAUUUGUACGCGCUGUUCUACCGCAAUUUUUAGUUUGCCUCAGAGGCUCUCAAUAAUUUGUUAAAAAGAAGAAAACGGUUCAUUUUAUCGAUAUUAUGUAUCAAUAAUAAAGAUUGGACAGUCAAUUAAUAAACUUGGCUUCGUUCACCACGUGCACGAAUCAUAUCUGUGCAUUAGUUGAACAUCGAAUUAACUGAGGCCUCUGUAAAUUUGACGUGCCGUUUUGCAUUCUAAAUAUUAUAAAGUACUGCUGCCACGCGAAACGACAUCGUCACUUAUCAAUUUAUUUAGCGUUAUUAAACCACUGUCAUGCGUUCUCGUAACGCGAAUUGCAUGUUUUGAUAUUUUAAAAAGAUAUAUUCUAUAAUUCAUUUACAAUCAAUAUAAUGAUCAAAACUUUUUGAAAUGAAACCAAAACAAAAAAAAAAGAGAAGAAACCGUAAAAAUUACAAACAAUGUCAGCGUGAUCUGUCCAUUGAGCUAAUUAACCUCAAUAUUUGUUUUGAUCAUUCUCCCGAUUUCUUUCUUUUUUUUUUUUCUUUUUUUUUUUUUUUUUUUUAAUAUCAAAAAAAAAUUUUUUAAAUAUCUAGACAUUGUCCGUAUUUUUUUAGUAUUUGAGGUGGUUUGUUAGUAAGUCUAACAAUAAGAUCUCAGCUCGUGAUACACAAAUAAGUUUGAUUAUCGUGGCACUGAUGGGAAAGGACCAAUCCGCAAGACCAGAGUGCAAUUAACGAUUUCCAGAAGUCUGGAAACAAAGUAGAAUUCCUAAAACGAGCUGGCUCUCGAGUGGAAAAAAAAGUGCUCGAUCUGUUUGUUAAUUUUUUUUUUCUUCGUUCUUCUAUCAUCUUCGGUUUGAAAAAUACAAUAAUUAAAUAAUUUGACACGUAAAAACUGUCACGUGCUACAAACAAAUAUAAAAAUGUUAUCGUGGUGCGUGCAUUAUGCAUACAUAUUACAAAUAUAUACACGCACACUCAACAUAUAUAUAUGUAUAUGCAUAUAUAUAUAUAUAUAUAUAUAUAUAUAUAUGUAUAUGUAUAUAUGUAUAUAUACUUAUACAUAUGAAAAGGUUUUUUCCUUAUUUUAUAUGACAGCACGUUAGACAAGACAAAACGUUACGGGUUUCAUGUUUAAUCGGAGAGAAUGCGAGCAAAUCAUCUAUUUUAUUAUUUUUCGAAAAAAAAAAAAUUUACAUUUUAUAUGAAUCAGCGCCAUAAAUGCGUUGUUUUUUUUAAACGAUCGUAUAAAUUGCUCAUUAGCAAUUUGUCGUAAUUACUUUAGCAGUAAGUCUUAAAUGCAGCCAAUUGUCAUUCCCGUCAUUGUAUUUCGUUUUUUUUUUUUUUUUGUUUUAAUUUUUUUUUGUCUUGUUCUAUUAAUUCACAAAUAUAUAAUUUUUUUUGCAUACGAUAAGAGGAGCGGAUGUCAAACGUAAUUGAAAUCGUUUUGCGUCGAGUUAUUUAGUCAAUUUUUAUUUUAAAAUGCUCAAAUGACUAAACGUGUCAAAGAUGUUACGUUUAAUCAGAAAAUCUUAUUAAUUUUAUCUAAGAAACUUUAUUUACUUCCUUCUCGUCUUCUCUUCUUUUUUCUUUUAUUUCGAAUACAAUUCUGAGCGGCUUGGCCCCUUCCUUUGCCAAACAUCCCCAAAGUCCCUCCUCUCAUUAUUGUUAAUAAUAUGUAUUCAGUAUUCGUGUUAUUUUAGAUUCUUAUUAUUAUUGUCAGGUAUAUUCUGGUUUAUUAUAUCAUUAUUACCAUGAACAAUGUAAUCUAUUAUUAUUCUAUAAUACAUGGUUUUUCCAAAGCU